CAUAAUAAUCGGACUUUCUUUAUUAACAAGAGCACUGAUCUCUCGCAUCAUGCUCAUUCUUUGUGUCUGAUAGCCAGCAGUGUUGUUUGCUCUUCUUACGCGCCACUGCCUUCCAAAUACGGUGGGGAGGUCUUAUCGCGCGGGGACCCCUCGACACACUCUCCGUGACCGCCUUAGUCAGUGUUUUGGUGUUGCAACGUCAGUUUGCAGCUCGUCGUACGUACAAAAUGGACUACACUUGCUCGCUACCAUCGGAAUCCUACAUAUUUGCUGAAGCCCAAUUAAAUGAGACCCAAAGCACGCGUGAAACCUCUUUGGGUGAACUCUCUACGUGGAUUAGUGAGAACCCGGAGCUGAAUGUUGAGAGAGAUGCAGUGCACUUGUUGUAUUUCUUACGUGGUGCGAAGUUUAAUGUCGACAAAGCCAAAGAUAAAAUUAAGAGAUAUUAUCGCAUGAGAGCUGAAAGAUCUGAAUGGUUCACAAACAGAAAUCCCUUUCAUCCCGAAUUGGAUGAAUUACUGAAGAUUGGUGUAUGUUUCCCACUGCGGGAACGUGAUGAGCACAAUCGCCUGGUUGUUGUUAUUCGCACAGGAGCCCACAACCCGCGCAAACAUACGCAGAAUAAUGUUUUCAAAGUCUGCAAAAUGCUCAUUGAUUUGGCCAUUAGAGCAGAUGAAAGUAUCUCAAUCUUCGGCGUAUCUGCCGUCCUGGACAUGACUGGAGUAACUCUCGGGCAUGCCCUACAGCUGAAACCGACCCUAAUAAAACGAACUGUUGCCUGCUGGGAGACCUACCCAUGCAGAGCUCGUAGAUUGGAGUUCGUCAAUGCUCCGGCACAUGUGAAUGUUGUCCUCAAUAUCUUCAGGAGCUUCAUGAGUGCAAAGCUAAAGGAAAGAGUUUUCGUAACUAAAGGACUACCGAAGAACAAUGAGAACCUCCCGGCAAAUCUUGGUGGACACGGACCGAGUUAUCAAGAACUUGCAGUUUAUUGGCGUAAAACAGCGCAAGAGAGCGCCGAGUGGUUUGCACAGAAUGAACAAUACAAAAUGACUUUAGCUGCACCAUAAAUCAAUUCUCCAUUGCACGCAUAUUCCGGAUUACGUGCUCAUGGAGGAGUGUCCUUUGAUUGAUUGCCCAGACAAAGUCCAAAUGAUUGAAUUCCAUCAUUGAAACCAAAUGCUUCACCCGCACAUUCGGUAGGCGUCGAUGCAGCAGAUCAACAUCCUCGGGGGCUGCAAGCCAAUCAUUGAAGCUGUGGUAGAGGAAGACGGGAGAUGAGAUAAGGUGCAGGUUGUACAGAGGAGGAACUAGUUGUCCAUAGAUGAUCUGGUUCAUUGCUGGGCCGUGAUCGUACUGCCGGAAGAUGCGGUGUCGUGUUACCUGACCGAAGUGAAUCAUUUGACGCGUUGAUGCACCAGCUGGGGAAUGGCCGUUGAUAACUGGCAGCAUUGUCUGGAAUUAUUUCAAAAUUAAUUUUAUCUGGAGUUCAAUAAUUAAUUUAUGAUUAAUUAAUAAAUUUUAUUUUUUGUUUUCAAUUGAAAGAAAAUCU